ACAAUCGUUGCUAUGACAACGAUCAAGGGGAUACUUAUAAUCGGCCAAGUGUCAGUGCCAAGUCGGAUCGAGCUCCGGGAAACCCGAAUGAAAAUAACCCUUACAAGUGGAUUAAAUCUAAAAAUGGGAAUGAAUAUAACACUACAUUAAAUACACAAAACGCUAGUUUCGGGAACUACAAUGAUAGUACGCCAAGCACAAGCAAAGGGGGAAAUUAUAGUGGAAAUGAAUUUAAUCCUCAUAAUAAAUUCGGCAAUGUUCAAAACACGUCGAAAUUGCCGGAACUUAAGGAACAAGCGAUUUUUAUUACUAAGACUGAACUCAAUAAAAUUAAAAAAGCCAGAGAACAAAAACGAACUGCGCUUGAGCGCAAAAAUGAAACUUGGCGUUCGCAGGCUACCUCUAAGAUUGUAAGAGAUGCUCUCGAAGAUAGUGGCUUAAUGAGUCAAGCUAGGAAGCCAGGUUUUGUGCAGUUCAUGAAAAGUAUCGUUAGAUCUCGAAUCAAUAAGAUUUUGGGUUAUAGGAAGGCUGUGUCGGUGGAUAAAAUCUUAAAAGAGUACUAUAAAAAAUUCCCCACAAAUGUUCGAAUAAAUUUUGUCCUCGAAUCGAAGCAAAAGUUCAAUAGAAUUACCGAUUACCCAUCAGGAGCUGCUCCCAUACGACGGCCGUUAAUGAACCAACCACAGCCGGAGAGACGACCGGCGACAGAACAACCGGAGACGGCUCCUCCACCUAAGAAGAAGCCCCCAGUGGAUAUACCGAGACCUCCGCCGUACCGCCCGCCGACACCGGGACCCCUGCCCAGGUAUCCUAAUGCUGAUAAACAAGCAUAUAAAAAAUUGAAGACGCUCGCGAAGGAAGAACAUGAAAAAGAAAUCUAUACAUUGGAGCCGAAAUUGAAACAAGCACUUGAGAAUGAAAUCCAAGAUCUUCGGGAAUUAUUUGUAUUGGAAUGCAGAAAUAAUGAUGGUGGGGAACAUGAGACAAUCUGUAAACGUAUCGAGGACACUGCUGAUAAAGUUAUGAAGGUGAUAAAACUGGACAUAACUAAGCGCCUGUUGAACGUGACGUGCAACUUGCCGCUGCGUAUGUUCGCUAACGGCAAGUUCCGCGUGCGCGAGGUCGGCCCGCUCCUGAAGCCGUACGGCGUCAUCAGCUGCAGGAAAUCCGCCUACGGCAAGCUCUGCGUAGUAGUCUGUCAGGAUUACCCCAGCUAUGAUUAUCUAUGCACCAAGAAGGAUAUCGAUAUAGGUGAUGGCCUGAUAAUGUCCUUCAAACCGCUGCACCUCGCCGGACCUAACAAAAAGUCCAAAAAAGCUGAUAAAAAACCACCCACUAAUGAACAUACAAGUGGCGAUGAAUAUGAGGAAUUCGGUGAAGAAAUAGCAGGAGGCAUAGUUGAUGAAAUAGAUGAUGAAAUGAUCGGCGAUGAUGAAGGCGCGGAUGAUCUGAAAGAAGAGAAAACAGAUGCAAAAAUAAAACAUAUUGAAAUUGUUGAUAAUGUAUCCGCUGAAGUAAAACUUAAAGACGUACAGAAAGUCGAGAAAGAACCGGUGAAAGAUAUUAAGGAAUUAACAGAAGUAAUUGAAAAUAAUGAGCUGGAAGAGAUAGUAGAUGUUCAUAAUGAACAAUUACUUGAUGUGUCUAACAUUGAACAAGAUGAUUUAGAAGAUUAUUAA